AUGGCCACAACUACAGAAGAACUGCAGAUUGAGAAACUUCAGUUGGAGGACUCUAUCGUCACAUUCGAGUCCUUCGACCUCCCAGCUUCCAACCAACGUAUCCUCGGACAACCACAUCCCAAGAACACAGUUAUCCCGCUUGCGCUGCGACCUGCCAAGUCCGACGCCAAGGCAACUCUCGACGAUUUGAUAGAGACAGUCAAGACUCUCCAAGAAAAAGACGGCAUAUUGACCAAGAAGCUCGCAAGACAUGGCACGCUGCUGUUUCGCAAUCUACCAAUCCACAACGCAGAAGACUUCAGCAAAUUCGCGCACGCCUUCGGCUAUAAACCCCAUGAGAUUAUUGGUAUUGUAGUCGACAGACCAGUUCUUGCGCCAAAUGUUGCGCCUGCCAAUGAAGCGCCCAAGGAGGUCCUGAUAUACAACCAUAACGAGUCGCCGCAAGUCCCACAUGCGCCCGAGUAUAUCUUUUUCUACGGACAUCAUGAGCCGUCGAAAGGCGGGGAAUCACCGAUAUCUUCUUCGUUGGAAUUAUUCAAUCGCGCACAGCAAGAGAUCCCCGAAUUCAUCGCUGAACUGGCGGAAAAAGGAAUUCUAAGUAAAGUGACAUACCGAGUGGAGAAGCAGUACGAAGGUGGAUCCACACUGAAGCAGGCCUUUGGCAAGGAAGUCCAAGAUCAUGACGACGAAGAGACAAAACGACGCAAAAUCGAGGCUCAGAUCGCGCGCUAUGGCAGAGGGCAGCAUACUACGUGGGACUGGACUGAUGACGGUCUUAUCUUGACGCAUCGGCUACCUGUCAUCCGAACACAGCCCGGUACAAACCUACCAACUCUCUUUACCGGGUUGGCAGCAUAUUGGAAACGUACACAGUUCGAUGCCGAGGCGCGAAAAAACGUCACACAGCAGCUCUUUGGAGAUGGGACACCUAUUCCUGAAAAAUAUCUUGCACACCUGGCGAAGAUCACGGAUGAGAUUCGGGUUCUCCAUCGCUGGCAGAAAGGUGAUGUUUUGGUUUAUGAUAACGUCAUUGCACAACAUGGUAGAGAACCGUGGCAAGGCGAGCAGUCUGAUCGAGUGAUUAUGGCCAGUUUAUUCGAUGGUGAAAGCGUGCCGGGCGCUUAUGGAUUUGGGGAUUGGGCGCAGGUUGUGCAAGCACUUGAUUGA